AUGGGAGAGAGUAACAAUGGGACAGAAUUUGUCCUUCUGGGCCUCACUCAAGAUCCGGAUGGGCAAAAAGUGCUAUUUGUAAUGUUUCUACUCAUAUACAUUGUGACCAUGGUGGGCAACCUGUUCAUCAUGGUGACUGUUAUCAGCAGCCCCUCCCUGGGCUCCCCAAUGUACUUCUUCUUGGCCUCCCUGUCACUCAUGGAUGCUGCUUAUUCCACUGCCAUUUCCCCCAAAUUGCUUGCAGACCUACUCUGUGAUAAAAAGAUGAUUUCCUUCCAAGCAUGCAUGGGCCAGCUCUUUGUAGAACACUUGUUUGGUGGAGCUGAGGUCUUCCUUCUGGUGACGAUGGCCUAUGACCGCUACGUGGCCAUCUGUAAGCCUCUGCACUAUUUGACCAUCAUGAAUCGACACGUUUGCAUCCUUCUGUUGGUGGUGGCCUGGGUUGGAGGUUUUGUGCACUCUUUGGUCCAAAUUGUCUUUGUAUACAAUCUCCCCUUCUGUGGCCCCAAUGUCAUCGACCACUUCAUAUGUGACAUGUACCCUUUAUUGGAACUUGCGUGCACUGACACCUACUUUAUAGGUCUCACUGUGGUUGCCAAUGGUGGAGCCAUCUGCAUGGUCGUCUUUGUCCUUCUACUCAUCUCCUACGGAGUCAUUCUAAGCUCCCUUAAAAGUUACAGUCAGGAAGGGAGGGGUAAGGCCCUUUCUACCUGCAGCUCCCACAUCACCGUGGUCAUCCUCUUUUUUGUUCCCUGUAUUUUCAUGUAUGUUAGACCUGUCUCCAACUUUCCCAUUGACAAAUAUAUGACUGUGUUUUAUACAAUUGUCACUCCCAUGUUGAAUCCUUUAAUAUAUACCUUGAGAAAUUCAGAGAUGAAAAAUGCUAUGGAAAAACUCUGGUGUGAAAAGUUAACUAUGGAUAGAAUAAGAAUGCCUUCCACACUGUAUAUGUUUGUUACUAGUUCUAAGCAACAAACAGACAGUAAAUUCUAA